AUGACUUAUCUCGUGCUGUUUUUGGGGGUAUGCUUUGUUUUGGGGGGAUUGGCAGUUGCAUCUAAUCCUUCACCUUAUUAUGGGGUGGUAGGGUUGGUGGUAGCUUCUGUUGUGGGGUGUGGGUGGUUGUUAAGUUUGGGGGUUUCUUUUGUGUCGCUGGUUUUGUUUAUAGUCUAUUUGGGGGGGAUAUUGGUGGUUUUUGUGUACUCUGUGUCUUUGGCAGCGGAUUUGUUUCCUGCAGGUUGGGGGGAGUGGCCUGUUGUGGGGUAUAGUGCGGGGUUUAUCUUGGUGCUUGUUGUUGGGUUAGGGGUUGGGGGUUUUGAGGGGUGGAAGUUUGGGGUAAGCACUGUUGAUAGUGGAGGUGUGGUGUCUGUUCGCUUGGAUUUUAGUGGGGUGGCUAUAUUCUAUUCGUGGGGGGUGGGGAUGUUUUUGGUGGCGGGGUGAGGGUUAUUGCUGGCGUUGUUUGUUGUAUUGGAGCUUGUGCGGGGGUUGUCUCGAGGGGCGAUUCGUGCAGUUUAG